CUUAUUUUGAAAUUGACAAACUUUGUUCCAAACUCCCUGGUUGAGAUCCCUGGUAUCCCGCUUUUAUGAUCUUUCUCUUCCUAAAAAUGGCGACGAACCUUAUCCUAAAACCUGAGAGCAGCAGGCAACUCGAGACUGAGGAUGAGGAAGCCGUCGCAAUAGUAAAAAGUUCAAGAAAAGAAGUGGAUCUUGGGAAUGGGAGCGAGGUGAUCUAUAUAUCCAAAUUCCUGUCCUACGACCAAUCUUGGCAUUAUUUUGAAUACCUUAACAAGAACAUUCCUUGGACUCGACCCACCAUUCGCGUAUUCGGUCGACCCUUUCUACAGCCUAGGGAUACUUGCUACAUUGCGGGUGAAGGGUUGCCAGACCUGGUUUACAGUGGAUAUCAACCACAUGCAUAUUCUUGGGAAGAAUUCCCUCCUCUCAAGGAGAUUCUUGAUGCUGUUCAUAAAGCUAUUCCCGGAACCUUCUUCAACAGCUUGCUUUUGAAUAGGUACAAGGGAGGGAACGACUAUGUUGGAUGGCAUGCUGAUGAUGAGAAACUUUAUGGGCCCACUCCGCAAAUAGCAUCUGUAUCCCUAGGAUGUGAAAGGGACUUCUUUUUAAAAAAGAAACCAAAUAAAAUUUCCCGGGGUAAAAAUGGUGAGGGCGAGGCUCCGAAAAAGCGAUCUAGAAAGCAUAGCAAUACGGAGCAACACCGUUUUGCACUGAAACAUGGGUCAUUGUUGCUGAUGAGAGGAUAUACUCAACGGGAUUGGCUCCAUUCUGUGCCUAAGCGUGCAAAAGCUGAGGCAGUACGAAUCAACCUCACCUUCAGGCACAUUCUUUGAAAUGUGAAACAUUUUGUUCCUGGAAAUGGAUCAAAGAAUUGUUCAGAGUGCACUGUGGUCACAAAGGAAGGGCAAACUCGGAUAGUCAUUUUUUAAAUUAUGACUGAUCAGAUGUACAGGUUACUGUAAAUAAGUUAUAAGUUGGAUUGGGUGUGUACUAAUUGAUACGAGCCCGAACUUACUGUCUAUUGCUGUGUUCGUAUCACUUAUUAAUUUUUUUUUGUUAGUUAGAAGGUAUAAUUGUAAUGAUCUGAACAUGGCAUGUGCUGUUUUUUUCAAUAACUACCUUAACUAGGUAUGCCACCCCGGGAUGACAGGCUUUUGGGGAAAAUAACCAAAUAAAGAUUAUGGAAGUACGGCGUAUUUGGA